CAAACGUACCGCUUGAAGUUUCGAGAGGGCGAGGGGGGGAGAGAGAGAGAGAGAGAGGGGGACAAUAAUACAAUAUGGCGUCAUUACGUGUUAAUAAUAGUUUUAGUAUAUUAAACACCGAACCCAAGCGCUCCUUAUUUUCUGCAACAACAAGGAGGAGCAGAAGAUCAUCAUCAGUGAGACUGACAGUAGUAGCAGAGACUAUGUCUACUGUCAAAUUGGGUAUCAAAGUCGAUAAGAAUCCUCCCGAGUCCAGGCUUAGCCAACUGGGCGUCAGAAAUUGGCCCAAGUGGAGUUGCCCCCCAAGCAAAUUUCCAUGGACAUACAGUGACAAAGAGACUUGCUAUCUGCUGGAAGGAAAAGUGAAGGUUACCCCAGAUGGGUCAAAUGAGUCAGUUGAGAUUGGUGCUGGUGACUUGGUGGAAUUUCCAAAGGGAAUGAGCUGCACUUGGGACGUGUCAGUGGCUGUAGACAAGCACUAUAACUUCAGCUAGAAUUAAUUAAUUCUAUAUAAGCCAUUUGCCUCAUUUUGCAAUAAAUCUAUGGGACAUAUGAAUGCAUGUUAUGUACCAUGUAAACCUAGUUAUGUGCAUGUGCUUUUGGACUUGUUUACAUAUAUAUACCAAAAUCUAUAUAUGUCCGUUUUUCUAGAA